GCUGCGGGCGCCGCGUCAGCUGAUCUUAAGAGUUGUGCUGCGUGCCGGCCGGUCCGGGCCCUAAGGUCCAGCCGACCCGCCGCAGCCAUGUCUUUCUUCCCGGAGCUUUACUUCAACGUGGACAAUGGCUAUUUGGAGGGACUGGUGCGCGGCCUGAAGGCUGGGGUGCUCAGCCAGGCGGACUACCUCAACCUGGUGCAGUGCGAGACGCUCGAGGACCUGAAGCUGCACCUGCAGAGCACUGACUAUGGCAACUUUCUGGCCAAUGAGGCUUCGCCGCUGACAGUGUCCGUCAUCGAUGACCGGCUCAAGGAGAAGAUGGUGGUGGAGUUCCGUCACAUGAGGAACCAUGCAUAUGAGCCGCUUGCCAGCUUCCUGGACUUCAUUACUUACAGCUACAUGAUCGACAACGUAAUCCUGCUCAUCACGGGCACGCUGCACCAGCGCUCUAUCGCCGAGCUUGUGCCUAAGUGCCACCCGCUCGGCAGUUUCGAGCAGAUGGAAGCCGUGAACAUCGCACAGACACCUGCCGAGCUCUACAAUGCUAUUCUGGUGGACACGCCCCUGGCGGCGUUUUUCCAGGACUGCAUCUCAGAGCAGGACCUCGAUGAGAUGAACAUCGAGAUCAUCCGCAACACGCUCUACAAGGCCUACCUGGAAUCCUUCUACAAGUUCUGCACCCUGCUGGGUGGGACCACGGCCGACGCCAUGUGCCCCAUCCUGGAGUUUGAAGCAGACCGCCGCGCUUUCAUCAUCACCAUUAACUCCUUCGGCACAGAGCUGUCCAAGGAGGACCGUGCCAAGCUCUUCCCGCACUGUGGACGGCUCUACCCAGAGGGCCUGGCCCAGCUGGCUCGAGCUGACGACUAUGAACAGGUCAAGAACGUGGCCGACUACUACCCGGAGUACAAGCUGCUUUUCGAAGGUGCGGGCAGCAACCCUGGAGACAAGACCCUGGAGGACCGAUUCUUCGAGCACGAGGUGAAACUGAACAAGUUGGCCUUUCUGAACCAGUUCCACUUUGGUGUUUUCUAUGCCUUUGUGAAGCUCAAAGAGCAGGAAUGUCGCAACAUUGUGUGGAUUGCCGAGUGCAUCGCCCAGCGCCAUCGGGCCAAGAUUGAUAACUACAUCCCUAUCUUCUAGCACCCUGGACCAAGGCUCCCUAGUGCGUGUGUACAUGUGUGUCUGUGUGCUGUGACAAAGCUCACGGCUCACCCACCUGCCCUGGGGGAGCAUGCUGUCCCCGUGGCUGCCCCGCCUCCCUGACCCUCUCCGAGACUGUUCUUGGGCCUGCAGGGGGGCUGGGCACCUGCUCCCACACCAAGGAUGGACCAAGCCCCCACCUCCAGAGCAAGGAGGCCCCCUCAGCCCUGUGUUUACAGCCGCUGACGUGUCUGAGAAGCAUGUGGUCAUUUUUGUGUCCCUCCCUAACCCAAGAACCCCUGGGGGGAGUGUGAACCUUCUCUUCCCUCAGUGGGCCCCCCAGAGCCAUGGCCAGGAUAAAGUAUGUGUGUUCUUGGGAAAUGGGGGAGUAGCUCUGCCCUUCCAAGAUAAUAAAAACUUCUCUAAGCCCA